GCCCCCAGUCAACAGUUGGUUUGUGAUUUGGUCGCAUAUUGGACCCGAUCCCCGGCAGAAUUGGACUUCAGUGACUGUCUGCGUAAAGAUCGUAAAGAGGAGGAACAGCGACGGCGUGCGGAGCUUGAUUCGUGUACACAAGCUGCUAAAUUCCGUAUUCAACGCUUCAAACACAUAUUGCAACAGUUGGUUGGCGAUGUUCCCGUUACUGAUGAUACUGGUGAUGAAGAACUUUUCUCUGACUCUUUUGUCUAUGAUUAA